GAGUGGCGCUGCUGCUGCUGCUCUCAAUGCGUCUGCCAGUCACUCCCUCCUCCACAGUAGUACGUGACAGUGAAUAACUUAGAACAGUGUACAGUAUAAUAGUAAAUGCUCUCACUCUCUCUCCCUUUGAUGAACAGCGAAUAACAAGACUUUGAACAGUGAACGGGAGUGAAUGAUGAAGGAAGAGCGCCAAUGAACAAGAGAGUUACCAUAAUCGUCAGUGUAUAAUUAAAUGACAACCUCCGAAUCGUAAAUAGUGAAUAACAGUGCAAAGCGGUGGAAAUGAACAGUGGGCGAAAUCAAAUAACAAACGAGAACGAUUAAAAUAAGAAAGACAAUGAAGAGUCAGUGAAUAAAAGGAAUAUAUUUAAAUGUAGAAUUUAAUUACAGAGAACAUCAGUGAAUAAUAAACAGAAGAUGAACGGCAGUGAAGAGCAAUGGAAAUGAAUGUGUAGGCAAAGUAAACUAAGAACAGUUAACGGUGAACGGAGGUGAACAGGACGCCAAUGUGGGCAACAGAACAAAACGACAGCCAACGGUAGACAUAAGACAAACAACAGUAAACAGGGAACUGACAAGCUGAACGAAUGAGCUUAGAGUGACAUAGUGUGGCCAGUAGCUGAGGAAAAUGGUCGAGAAGGCGGACUUAUUGCACCACAUCCCACGGGUAAAGCUCGGGGUGGUGUUAGUGUUGACGCUAGCCUUCACGGUGGUACUACUGGGAGCUUCACACCUCACACACUCCCUCACACUCAGGAUCGAGGCUUACCACGCCCUCUACAAUCUCCUUUCACUCAUCGGUUGUCUCCUGACCAUGAAGCUGUGCUCUGGACCUCAGUCACUGCACAACACGUUCGGGUGGGCGAGGCUGGAGGUGCUGUCGAUGCUCACCACACAGAUCUUCCUCACAGCUCUUUGCUUUAGCGUCGCCACCGAGACCAUCCAGACAGCCGUACACGCCGGCCAUCAGGACGCGAUGCACCACCCGCUGAGCGUUAUGGCCCUGGGCGCCGUCGGCUGGUCCCUCAACGCUCUAGUCUUCUGUCUCAUCGGCGGUUACACGCACCACCAGGGUUGCUUCCUGGAAAUGCGAGACUCUGGUAGUGUGUGGGUGGGAAGGCAGCUGACGCAGGAGGCAGUGCAGGCGGGCAGACGAAUGCUGUCCUCCUCCAACCUGAAAGCAGGAAAGGCCAGGCCCCAAAGGACCCAUCAAGUCAUCAAGGAGGUUCUCAGGGAUAACUGCGGGCUGGUGGUGGUAGUACUCUGUGCAGCUGUGGUACACUGGGACAACGGGGGGACCGUGGCGCUAUAUAUAGAUCCGGCCUUGGCGGUCACCUCAGUGGCGCUGCUCAUGUGGUUUAGUUACCCCUACGUUCUAUCACCUGUAGGGAAAGAGUGUUGUCACAUCCUGCUGCAGACCAUUCCGGGGCACAUAGACGUGGAGAACUUCCAGGCCAGGAUUCUGGAGGAGUUCCCGGCCAUCGUCAAUAUCCACCACCUGCACAUCUGGACCUUCACCCCCAGUAAGGUGGUGGCGACGGCACAUGUGGUGUUCACGAGUCCGCGGGUCUACCUCUCUACCCAGGGGUCUCUCAAGCAAUUCUUCCUAGAUGAGGGUGUCACCAAGGUUACGCUACAGCCGGAGUACAUGACGAGGCAGCCGGGGCCCUCACCCCACGACGCCGUGUGUCUCCUGCGUUGCCAACACCAAGACUGCCACGAGAGGGAGUGUUGCCGCUCUUGUACCCACCACCCGCUCCUCACCUCAGUCACCUCACAUAGUGAAGGUGUGUUGUGUGAGUCAGGUGAAGGUGUGUUGUGUGAGUCAGGUCACCACGACAAGGAGAGGCUCAGCACAGGUCACCACGACAAGGAGAGGCUCAGCAUCACCCAGCACACAGAGAGAGGACAUCUAUUAACAGAGAACACCGUCUAGAGAGGCUACGUUAGGUUAGGUUAGGUUACUUGACGCGUCGGCCGAGUAGUAUGACCUAAAGACACAAUUAACUCUGACAGUAGUGUGAGCAAACGACACAACAACAACAAACUCACACGGCAAAGUUUAGUGUAACAGGAGCUCACAAUAUAGGAAGAUUUAGUGUCAUAAGCUCACACUACUGCCAGAGUUUGUUGUGUCAUAAGCUCACACUACUGCCAGAGUUUGUUGUGUCAUAAGCUCACACUACUCGGCCGACCCAUCAAGUAUAGAUUAACAUCAUUCAAAUUAUUGUUACGAUAAUACAGAGACAGACGAACAGACACUCACAGACAGACAGUUUAAGUGGACGUUAUUCUAAUAAAAGUUACUUGAGUGGCGGGAACUAAGAGUGACUACAGCGACUAAUACGAAUUACCAUAGUGUAUCACCUGUACUGUAAAGUGAAUAUAUUGUACACAGAUAA